UGGCAGCACAUAUUGUUCACCGCUGUUACUUUUCUGCUUUUCUGCUUCCCGGGUGUUUGUGUAUUUUUCACUGUUUGCAAGUUUAGUGUAGCUUUGACACUACUCAUACCUCGCUUUCAACAAACGUUUAGCAGUAUCAUGAAGACAAACCACAAUACACUCAGCUGAUAAUGCUUUGAGACCAUUUGGUCCUCGACAUUUGCAGAAGUAUGUCGAACACCGCGCAUCAUGAGUUGUUUUCUCGAAGAAAGUUCCCAGCAAGCAGUACGGAUUACUGGGCUCUGGGAGACCAUUUGCAAUAGGAAGUUUGUCCUCAAAGCUCAUUGCAGGUGAAGUAUUACGAUGGCGUUUUUCGAUGACCGUCGCUUCCUGCUAUCCCACAUUCGAAACUCCUUCAUCACUGGUGACGACACCGGGAUGUGCGAGCUGGUCAUGCUCAGCGAUGAUCCAUCUACGCUACUCCAGUCGUUCCGAUCCAUCGACCAUGCAGUAGGAGGAGAGCUGGAGCUGGACCCAUUUCCUCCAGGCGUAGAAGCUCCCGCUGAAGAGCUGGGCCAAUCCUACGACAUCGUCUCGGAAUUAGAGUUGCUGGGCGCUCACCGGCGGCGUUCUAACACGGCGCAGAGAUUGGAGAGGCUCAAAAAGGAGCGAAGGCAACAGGCCCGAGUGAAACACGUCAUCUGGAAGGAGCCUGCAUCCAAGCAGUUCACGGCGACGGAAGUGGACCAGUUCUUCCCCCGCAAGGAUCUGAGCGAGGUGCACAACAAGCCAAGACCGUCUUCGCUGGGAACCACCGGUGUCCUAAGUCCUCCUCCGACUGCGUCUCUGCCCAGAGUUCCUUCUGCGUUGUCUCGUCAGCUCGAACAGUAUCCGGUGGCUCCCAACAACCCUUUCAAUGAAUACGCCCGAUUCGACGGAAGGGCGAGUGGUCAAAAGUGCAUCAAUAUAUUCUUGUCCAUGCUACCGCCAGACGAGAGGUCGUAUCCAUUGCCCGUGUGCCCAUUACCACAUGCCAAGGUUCAUGAUUUCAUUGGCUUGGUGUGCUGGCAAUAUACCAGCGAAGGACGUGAGCCAAAACUCAGGCCAAGCGUAAGUCAUUACUGCCUGAAGAUAGCGGAAGAAAGCGGGGAGAUUGACGAGGAUUUCCCGAGCCUGGAUAUCAAGGAGCCAGUGUCCAAGUUUGAAUUCCCCUUCCUAGCACUUGCUGAAGUUGAACGCGGCGAGGAAGAGGAUUCGACGGGACCAGUUCUUAAAUUCCACACAAAGGAUGGGUUUAGCAAGAUACAAAUAAGCAGCUUAGAGUGUACACUAAGAGAAGUUUUGGACUUAAUGUUGAAGAAACGCAAAGGUCUGCUGAGGUCUUUAGGACCAGAAUUUCAUGUUGAAAGCAACAAAGACUUUGGCAUUCCUAUUGAUCUUGACACAAGCAUUCGCUCAACUGGAAUACUGGAAUUUACUUUGGUGUCCGAAGAUGACUCUCCCUGUAGAAUGAAAGUGGAAGACUGGGAGGACAGGGACAGUGAUAUGAGCGCCAUGGAAGCCCACCUUUAUCAGGCCUUUAAUGUGUCUCUUAUACAUCGCUUAGGACGAAGCACGGAGGUUCAGUUGGGCAUAUCUGGAGAGAAGAUAGAAAUAACUCCCCUUCUUCAAAAGCCCAAGAACAAGUUUUGGAGUUGGCACCCAAAGGCAGCUACACACAACAUGAAUGAGAUUGCCUCGUGUGAAAUAGUUGACCGCAAGUACAAUUCUGAGAAACGUCUGCUUAAGAUUGUUUACCUGUCUGGUGGGGAAUUCAAGCAUCAUGUCUUCGAGUCCGACUACGGCACAGCUUCUGACAUCCGCAACAAGCUCAACUACAUUUUGGUGAUGCGCACGAGCCCCGCACGCCUUCAGUACAUGGCCUUGAGGGAGAAGAAGCUUCUUCGAAAGCAGUCAUCUUUUCAUAUUCCAAGCUGAGAACAGCUAAGAUGUAUGUUAUCACACUCUGUAAAUUGUACAGCACCUUUUGUUUGUAAAUUUGUACAUGACAGAAGCUGUCGUUGGAGGCUAAUAAUACAUAGUGGCGAUUGACUAGUAGCGGCGAGGCAUAUGAGAGAGUUAGGCUUCAAAAGUCGGGAGAGCUGUGAUAAGCAGGGCUCUUUCUUUAUCCCCUAUCCGAGCCACCUUGGUACAUUUUGUAGUUUCUUUUAAUGGAAUUGUUCCUUAGAGGGAGAAGAUUUUUCAUUUUUGGAACGUUUACAACAGUAACAUUUGGUGCGGAAUAACAGUAGCGGUUUCCGCUAUGCAGCCCUUGUGUAACAACGAGCAACCAUACUAUAUUUAACUUUACUUUUUUUUAAACAUACUAUCUGUAUUGCUGGACAGCACUCUGGUUUUUGCAGAAGGGCGAAAAGAAAAAUUCUGUUUCUAUUUGUUAUGGUCAUGUAGACUGUCUCGCUUAAUUAGAAAUUAAGUUUUCUGGUUUGCUUACUUGUGGCUUGCUUAGUAAACAGUGGCAUGCCCCUGCGUAACAACUAAGGUUUCUGGCUUCCGGUAUUUACCGGACAGCGUCGAUAAAGGUAUGCCGGUAAAUUUUUUGUGGCGUCUGCAAAAAUAAUCAUUCAUCGAUGAUCAUGUAAUAAUCAAACGGAACUCCGGCAAGCGAGCUUACUUUUACUACUGCUCAUGCAAAAGAGCAGCCAGUGCUUUCCACUGCAGCUCUCAACUUGCUUGCACUCAAGUGUUAAUAUGGAGCAAGCAUUUUCAAAUGUAGUGUUGCUAUGAAAGGAGCAUUGUGCAACAACACCUGAAUCAACAGCUAAUGUAGACCUGGCAUUUUAUUAUGACACAUUCGGAUUUUAGCCGUUUGUUCUGCAACGAAAAAAAAAGAAAAAGUAAAAAGAGCGUUGCGUCCAGCGUAUGCGCAGGAAGAGCCAGUUUCGUUUGUCGACAUUUUCAUCGAGCGGCUUCACGUUUGAGGUACUACUAUUAGUACCACCAAAACCCAGAUUUUGUGGCGAGCGAAAUAACCAUUGAAUUUUCGUACAGGCUUUCUGAAUAAUUAAACGCCGUAAACUGGAAGCCCCAGUAACAACGUAUUGCUUAAAGGUGCAGAAGUGAAACGUCAGAGGAAAAUGUCAGUACCACCCAACCUUGGCAGUUGGAAUGGAAUGUGAUUGAAUUUACACUAAUAAAUUUGUUUACCUCCAUA